GGAGAGGAUGGGAGGUGAUGGGACUGUUGCGUACUCCAAGUAAUUUCAUUGAGAAACAUUCAACGAGGGUAUCAACACCACCAUCUUCUACCUUCAGGACCUGUUCUUGUUCACAUCUACCAAUGGCGUACAAGAUGAAAGGCGUAUUCAAGGGCCUCAAGGUCAUCUCUCAGAUCUUCGUGGUCAAGGAGCAUCAGAUGGAGAUCGGUCAUCCGACUGAUGUGAAGCAUGUUGCGCACAUCGGUUGGGACAGCCCAACAGGGAGUGCAGCCUCUCCUAGCUGGAUGAAUGGCAUGAAGGGGUCACCGGACGUCUCAUCGCUGAGCAGUAUUGGACCGUCGGCACGAACCUCCUGGGCUUCUCAAGAUUUUGACGAGCCUCGUGAUAUAUCACCCUUUGGUAUAUUCCCAGAAAAUGCCAGUCGAGAAGCAACCCCAUACCUUGACAUACCAAAGCCACCCAGGAAGUCAAGAAGGAAGAAAUCCAAGAACGAUUCGCCGAGGGCAUCCGCAAGAUCUUCAAGGUCAUCAAGAUCAAGGUCCAAAAGCUCAUUUUCAUCUACAGCUGACAAUAUUGGUGCCAAUGAUAGACAACCUGAAAUCCAGACUGUAUAGGUCUUUCUUGUGAUCCACCGUCGGUAGUUGUCAUAUAUUUGUUGAUUUCAAGUGCAGAUGAAAGGUUAAGUAGGCUAUCUGCUUUGGUAUUCUGUGGACAUUGAGGCAAGACUGGUUCUUUUUGACUCUUUUUGUUAAGUGGCUGAUUAGUUGUAGGGAUUCUUUAAUUAUUUCCUGUUUAAAGCAAAUCGGCAGUAGAAAUUUAUUGUUGUUGAUGGCAUUGUGCUCUCCAGCCUUCAUGGGAUUCCCAACACCGCAUAAACAAUUCAGACGAGGCAGCAUUUGGAUCCUCAAAUAUAAUAUAAGUC